AGCUGUUUCGAAGAUAGGUAAAAGAGGACUAGGACAUCCGCGACUUGAACGCUAUGGUGUCUCUACGGCGAUUGAUCCGUGCCAAUACGGCAAAGUCAGCGGUGGUAGUGGGGCAGCGCUUGCCUUGUGCGGCCUAUGUCGCAACGACGCUUCUCCUCCUGUUCAGCUUGAGCCUCGUUCUGUGGCCUACCUCAAAGGUGUCAAAUGUUGCACCAAACCACCUUCACAAGGUGUGCAAAGUCUGUGCGGGUCGGCCCCUACUUGGCAUUCGCAGCUUUGUGAUACUGGUGCUAAACAUGAGUGGUGUCAUGCUCGCGCUCAAGCAUUGCAUCAUCCCACGGAUUAUUGAUCGCCAUCAAUUUGAGGAAGGGUUUGAUAUUGACAAAUACUAUGGCUUUGCCGCGCAGGUACUUUACCACUGUGUGCUCUGCACAUGCUUCGCAGCAACGAUUUGUAUCACAAGUUUGGAUGACACUCUCUACCACUUGGCCACGCUUGCGGAGCCAGCGUAUUGCACCAUCGAUGUCCUCUUGCUGCUGUUCACAGGCACAUCGUUUACCCAUUGGCAGCUGAAGCCUUUGCUGGUGCACCACACCAUCUCCUGCGCCUAUUGUCACGCAUUGAUGUAUGGUAUUCCUAGCUCCAUCUAUGGGAAGAUGCUGCAAUUUGUCUUUCACUUCUCGAGUGCAAUUUGUCUUGGCAUUGCGAAUGCCUUACAGACGCCGAGCUUGAAGCUGUCGGUCUUACAGAGGCUUUGGAUGCAGGUGCUGUCAAUGAUGUUUUGGGCCAUCACGCGCGUGGGGCUCGUUUUCAUCUUGGGCAUAUGCGUGCUGAUUGAUGCGAAGAGGAGCCUGGCCUCAACCACGCGAAUGGAUGCGAAUGCCAAAGUGUGCAGACACUGUGCAAACAGUGUGAUAGAGUUUCAAUCCGUUUGAAGUCAUAGGAUAUCAUAGGAUAUCAUAGGAUCAUAAUGAAAUAUAAUGAACAUUCGUGAACCAUAUCAUUACUUACUUUUGUGCCAUCGCGUUGUUGGAAGAUUUGGCAGCAGGCAGCUAAACCCAUCGGAUCAUCGCCAUCAUUUGACAAGAACACAUCUAAAGCCAACGAGCCUUCAGGUGAGAUAGAGUUGCAAUAGAUGCGAGAAUAGAUGCAAUGGUUGCAUGACAGGUGUGUGAAGAAGAAACGGCAAUAAUUUACACUUACAGAAAUGACAAAGUGACAAAACGACUUAAUCACAGGAUGCUAUAGGAACGAGUAUUGUCAGCUUUACAAUGCUUUACAUAUCCAAGCACUCACCCACUCACUCACUCACCCACCCACUCUCUCUCUCUCUCUCUCUACUGCCGUGGCCCUCCCGUGCUUGUGGGUUUACUGAUGGAGAAAUAUGUUACGGCAACCAUAUGUUAUUCUUGGGUUUUUUCAAACUCAUCUGAGAGGAGGUUGUGCAAGCGUGGUGCUUUGUUUAAGGAUUCAUCCUGCUGCAUACAAACAAGUUGUGCUGGAACUAAAUGCAGCGUCCAUCGGUUCCUUUGCAUUUGUCGUCAUGAAGACCCCGAUUAUCACCAGAGCUUUACAGGAAGCAAUGCAGGAGUACCAACAACGUCAUUCACGGGCUGAUAUUGAAGCCGGUUCAAUUCUGAGCAAUAAACUGCGAUAAAGGCCCUUGAAAGAACCUGGGCGCAAAUACAUUGCAGAGAGGAAAUUGUCCCUGUGAACGAAGACAUGAAGAUCGUCGAAGAUUAAUUUUCGCAUAUUUUCGCUAUUCUGCCAGGCUCUGCCAUGAGGUGGAGCUGUUUGUACAGCGUGUACAGUGCCAGUGCGGUCCAGUGCGCAUGCUUCGUGGCAAGCAAUGUUUGCCUGGAGUCCUGAGUUUCCCCAGCUUUCGAUUUUUGUCAACCCAAAAUGGUGAACCAAAGGAACUCGGC